AUGGUUGAUUCAAUUCAUAUCUCUGGCGUUUUACUCGAGAUGACGUUGGCUGCCAGCCGGAAAAAGUCUUGCGUUCUGUGCCGGACCAGUAAGGCGAGGUGUUCGCUCGGGACACCAUGCCGGCGCUGUGAGGAAAGGGAUUUGAGGUGUAGAUACGACCACGUCCCCAAGCAAUCAGCUGGAUACCGAUCACUGCGUCCGGCCGAGACAAUCGCCGACCGCGGUAUUCACGGAGCAAUUGAUCAGCUGCCCAAUGGCACGGAGUCACUGAUCCGCAUCGAGAGAGACGGCCUGCUUCCGGGGGACCACCCGCGGCCCGAACGUGAACCGUCGAUGGACUGGUCGAACCUCUUGUCAACGGAAAUUGCGACGAUCCCUUUAGACUCUGACCCUAUUUUACAGAGACAACUCCUAAGUCCAAAUCCCUUCUCCUUGAGCUUCGACUCGCCUCAACUUCGCCAGACGGUGCUUGGCGGUGCCGGAGUUCCGUGGCAGCGAAGUAACUCGAGCCUAUUCGGACCAGAGGACCUUGGUGAUUUAGGCGUCAUGGAGGACACGGAAUAUCAAGGUCACGAACAUCCUUCAAGUGAAAUCCAGUUACACAGGGCUUUCAGGGAUUGUCCGGCAAGAAAAAUCCGGCCAUUCUAUCAAGACAAACCCCUCGUCCCGCGAAUUACUAAAACGGUGGCAACAUGCUUCACAGCCAGAGUCCUCCUCGGCCAGAUCUUAUCUUAUCCCAAGAUGAUGAUCAAAGGUGGCCGGAUGCCGCCUUUCAUAUUCCCACCCUGCGCCAUUGAUGGAUCUGAGUCAAUAGUUGGAUGUUGUGGCAAGGAGCUUCACCAGUGUCUUCCAGAGCCGCUAGCCAUCUGCUGCAACCUCGUGCAAAGCUUUUACCAGAGGACUCCGGGAAGCGCGGCUUUUGUUUGGAGGAGUAUAUACAGUGAAGUAGGCAGGAUCCGGCAAGAGCAUUCUUCUUAUAACAGCGAACAGAUGUUACACGCUCUCCAGGCCGUGGUGAUAUAUCUGCUGCUUCAGGCAAAUGACCUCCAAUCAAUACAAGAAAGCAACAUCAAAGCGCUACUAGUGGUACCCAAUCUGCUAGCCAGGUCGCUGCACCUGACCCUGAAUUACGAACUCGACCUGAUCAGCAAGCUAAGUCUAGAUCGUCGAGGCUGGAUUCUUCGUGAGAGUACCAGGAGGACAAUCUGCCUUCUCUUUGGCAUUGAGCUUUUGAUGGACGUGGAUCUGAACGCAGAGGAACCGGCGGAUUGCGGUGGCUAUAGUCUCCUGCCACUGCCCUCCGGCAGAGAUUUGUGGGAAGCCGUGUCCAGUGACGAGUGGCGUGCACGAUACAGGAGGCUACGAGCCGAGUCGUGCGGUGAAAAGGUUCUGAGCAUCCAGGAUCUUCGAAAGGCUAGACGGGCUUUGGGGGCGGACUCUGAAGAUCGAAGCCAGGAGGACCAGCUGGUAGCCCGAGUCGCAAAGUGGUGCGAGGGGAUCGAUGAAUUCGGGAUGAUGGUCUGGAUGGCUGUCAUGCUAGAGUGA